AAUUUAUGUUUUUUCUCUGUCGUAAAUUGUACAAACUCCAAGUGGCUUCACGAUUUGAAGACAUACACUGUAUAAUCUCAUUAGUGAGAGGUCCGGCUAGUUAUCAGCUCUAUGCGACUCGUUCCUGAGAUAAAUAAACUCCCUGGCCGCUAUCUCGUAAACUAAAUUGAAGCAUUUGUGUUUAUCUUAAAUUGUAAUCAACACGCAUCGACCCAGAUUUUGGCUGCGGAGUGUGCCUUUGGAGAAGUUUGCAGGUGUAGUGAUUUGAAAUCCAGACAGAAACCAUGUCUUCUUUUGCUCCGACGUCCACGAGUGGUUCCAAAGAUGAUGAUGCAAAAUACAAAGAAUUUGAUGCACCAGAUGCAGAAUUCUUCAAAGGAAUCGGCAAAAUCCCUUUGAAAAAAGAUGCUGGUGCCGGAGAAACAAUGGUAUUCAAAACAUACGAACCAGAAAAGCAAGUUAUGGGAAGAUCGAUGAAGGAUUGGCUUCGUUUUUCUGUUUGCUUUUGGCACACCUUUCGUGGAACAGGAGCGGAUCCCUUUGGUUUCCCCACCUUAAUCCGUCCAUGGGAUGAUGGAAGUAACUCCAUGGCCAACGCUAAGAGACGUCUGAGGGCUGGGUUCGAGUUCUUCACAAAGCUUGGUGUUCCUUACUGGACAUUCCAUGACAGAGACAUAGCGCCUGAAGGGGCCACCCUGGCGGAAACCAACAAGAAUUUGGACGAGAUAGUUGAUCUUGCCCAGGAGCUACAGAGCAAAACUGGAGUAAAACUGUUGUGGGCUACAUGCAACUUAUUUGCUCAUCCUAGAUACAUGAAUGGAGCUGGAAGUAACCCAAAUUCACAUAUCUUCGCUAUGGCGGCGGCACAAGUCAAGAAAGGUCUAGAAGUGGCAAAAAAGCUGGGGGCAGAAAAUUUCGUGUUCUGGGGUGGAAGAGAGGGCUACCAUACAAUAUUGAACACCAAUGUUCUCACAGAACUCAACAAUUUGGCGACAUUCUUUCGAAUGGCAGCGGAUUACAAAAAGAAAAUAGGAUUUACAGGGACACUGCUGAUUGAACCUAAACCAAAAGAACCUGCCAAACAUCAAUAUGACUACGACGCCAUGACAGUCAUUGGUUUCCUGAAACAUUACGGACUCGACAAAGACUACAAGCUUAACAUCGAACCGAAUCACACCACUCUGGCUGGCCAUGGUUAUGAACACGACAUCGUGAUGGCUUCCGCGUUCGGUAUGCUGGGUUCUAUCGACUCCAACACUGGUUCCCCAGACCUGGGUUGGGAUACUGACCAGUUCCCAAUGGACAUCAAAAACACGACCAUGGUCAUGAAGACAGUGUUAGAACAAGGCGGUCUUUCUCCAGGUGGUUUGAACUUUGACUGCAAGGUCCGGAGAGAAUCCAGUGAAUUACAAGACAUGUUUAUCUCCCACAUAGGUGCGAUGGAUUGUUUUGCGAGAGGAUUGCUGAAUGCUGAAAAACUUCUCUCAGAUGGGGUUAUUGCAAAACAAGUAAAGGAAAGAUACAGCUCAUAUGAAACUGGGAUUGGCAAAAAGAUUGCAGAUGGCCAAACAUCUUUUGAGGAACUAGAGAAAUAUAUCCUUGACAAUGGAUGUCCAACAAUCAUAGCCUCUGGUCGCCAGGAGCAUUACGAGUCCAUGUUGAACCACUACGUAUAAAUCUGGAAGGUUCUCCAUUUUGAAAUGUGCACACGUGAUCGAAAACACAGUCAAGUGAUUUCUAAAGUCUUAUGAAACAAAAUAAUUAAAACCCACUUAAAACAAUUCAGUACGUGUUAAAAUAAAUUCAAUUAUUGUUGAAAAUGACUAUUUUGACAUCAUCCAUAGUUCAGGAUCUUUUUAAGAUCAUUAUAAUGGCUUCUUGUUGUGAGAUAUGUAAG